AUGUCUGACCCAAACCAAAAUGGUCAACAAGGUGGCCAGCAGAAUGCAGGUGGUAACUACUACCAACAAUACUUCCAAAAAUUGAAUCAACAAGCCCAACAAGGUGGUGGAUACCAACCAUAUGGUGGAUACGCUGGAUACCAACCAUACGGUGGAUACCAAGGUUAUCAACAAUUCUACCAGGGCGGUCAACAACCUCAACAAGGUGGUUACAACGGAUAUCCAUACCAAGCACAAGGUGGUUUGAACAACUUAGGCAACCCAUCUCAACCACAACAGCAAGCUCAAGGGAUGACCUUAGAUGAUUUCCAUGGUCAAAAGCAGGCAUCUCAGCCAGCACCACCAAAACAAAAGAAAUCAUUGAAAUUGGUGUCUAGUUCUGGUAUUAAGUUAGCAAAUGCUACCAAGAAACCAAAGGAAGAUGAAAAGAAGGAAGAAAAGAAGGAAGAGAAGAAGGAAGAGAAGAAAGCUGAACCAAAGAAGGAAGAGCCAAAGAAAGAGGGAACACCAAAACCAGCAGCCACAAAGGAGGAAAAGAAGGAAGAUUUACCAAAGAUAGAUAAAUUGAAGAUCAAAGAGGAGCAAGCGGCAGCCAAUUCUUCUGGUGCUGACUCUUUGAUCAAAGAACAAGAAGACGAAGUUGAUGAAGAAGUUGUUAGCGAUAUGUUCGGUGGUAAGGACCACAUGUCAAUCAUCUUCAUGGGUCACGUCGAUGCCGGUAAAUCGACUAUGGGUGGUAACAUUCUUUAUAUGACCGGAUCUGUGGAUAAAAGAACAGUUGAGAAAUAUGAAAGAGAGGCAAAGGAUGCCGGUAAGCAAGGUUGGUAUCUAUCAUGGGUCAUGGAUACCAAUAGAGAAGAAAGAGAUGACGGUAAGACCAUCGAAGUUGGUAGAGCUUAUUUCGAAACUGAAAAGAGACGUUAUACCAUUCUAGAUGCCCCUGGUCACAAAAUGUACGUUUCUGAAAUGAUUGGUGGUGCAUCUCAAGCAGAUGUUGGUAUAUUGGUUAUUUCCGCCAGAAAAGGUGAAUAUGAAACCGGUUUUGAAAAGGGUGGUCAAACUCGUGAACAUGCCUUGCUGGCCAAGACUCAAGGUGUUAACAAAUUGAUCGUUACUAUCAACAAGAUGGAUGAUCCUACCGUUGCUUGGUCUCAGGAGAGAUACGAUCAAUGUGUUAAGAACUUGAGUAAUUUCUUAAAGGCAAUCGGUUACAACGUUAAAGAAGAAGUGAUAUUUAUGCCAGUUUCUGGUUACAGUGGUGCAGGUUUAGCGAACAGGGUUGAUCCUAAGGAGUGCCCAUGGUACACUGGCCCAGCCUUGCUGGAAUACAUGGAUAACAUGAGUCAUGUUGAUCGUAAGAUGAAUGCACCAUUCAUGUUGCCUAUUGCAGCUAAAAUGAGAGAUAUGGGUACUAUCGUGGAAGGUAAGAUUGAAUCUGGUCACAUUAAGAAAGGUCAUUCUACACUGUUGAUGCCAAACAAGGUUCCAGUUGAAAUUCAAAACAUUUACAACGAAACUGAAAGUGAAGUCGAAAUGGCUAUCUGUGGUGAACAAGUUAAACUAAAGAUUAAGGGUGUAGAAGAAGAAGAUAUUGCUCCUGGUUUCGUUUUAACUUCUCCAAAGAAUCCUGUAAAGAACGUGACGAAAUUCGUUGCACAAGUUGCCAUUGUUGAAUUAAAGUCCAUUUUAUCAUCAGGAUUUUCAUGUGUCAUGCACGUCCACACUGCCAUUGAGGAAGUUCGCAUCACAAGACUAUUACACAAAUUGGAGAAAGGUACUAACCGUAAGUCCAAGAAACCACCCGCAUUUGCCAAGAAGGGUAUGAAGAUUAUCGCUCUUUUGGAAACUGAGAGACCAGUUUGUGUGGAAACAUACCAAGAUUACCCACAACUAGGUAGAUUCACUUUGAGAGACCAAGGUACAACCAUCGCCAUUGGUAAGAUCGUUAAAAUCAUCGAGUGA